AGGCAGCCUCACGUUGAUAUGAUAGUAUCUAUGGUAACGGAUUCUUUAAACAUGGCUGCCAAAAGGGCAAUGAAGUUCUCGAUUGAGUUUACCAAGUUAAUUUAUAGCACCAUGAAUUUUACAAGAUUGAAUGGAUAUCGUCAUACUACAAUGAAAUUAGAUUAGGAUCAAGCCAGAAAUGCCACCAAAGAAAAAAGGGCAGAAAAAAGGAUUGAAAGAGAAGAAGCGGGAAGAGGAGAAAUUAAAGAUUGCAAUUCUUUUGAAAGAGCUUAGAAAUAAUUAUGAAUCAAAAUGUGCUACAGUGCACUCAUUGUGCCACCAGGAUGUUAUAAAGCAAAUGAGGAGGUAUGCAGAUGAAGGACAGCUUCUUUCCAAGAUAAUUUUGACAAAUGGUCCUGCAGAUGAAGAGCUCAAAGUAAAGUUGUCACCAGUAAUUGCAGCGAUUCGUAGCAUAAGAUACCUUCAUUUGAAGGAGAUGUUUAUUUGGGAGAUAACUGUGAAGUAUGAAGACCUUUUAGCAUUGAGCAAUUUCUUUCAGCAGCCAAUGUACUCUUUAAGUUACCUUGAGCUUGUUGAUUGCAAGAUUGAUGGCUUCUCUUUGGAGAGUUUCAAGGACUGUCUCACAACCUGUAGCCUGUCUGCUCUUGUGCUGGAUUACAACGAAUUUGGUGACCAAGGUUGCGCAGCCAUAUGUGCUGGUCUUGUUGGAAACAAAUCACUGACAAAACUGAGCUUGAAAUUCUGCAAUCUUUCAUCUGAAUCUGGCUCCAGUCUCGGUAAAGCUGUUAGUGAGAGUGCAGUCAGCGAGCUUUAUCUAGAUGGAAACAAACUGGAAUGUGAAGGAUUGGUUGAACUCAUCCGGUUGCUAGUUGAUAAGUCCGAACAAGAAGCAAGGGAAAGGAAAGAGAAUGAAAGAAACCAGGCUUCUUCCUCUGAAACCGGUGGGCAAAGGUUCCUUGGCGUCCCAACAAGUAUGUCUAAAAUCAGAAGCAGCAGUGCCUUAUCCACGAAAAGCAAUAUAAGCGUAAAACCUAUCUCUUCUACUACCAGUACUGGUAGAAAGUCGGCGAAGAAAAAAAGGAAGAAAUCUCCCAAAAAGAAAGCGCCGCCACCGCCGCCGAAAGUAGGUCCCUGGCUAACAAAGCUCCAUGUAAUGGACAACUGCAUCGAUUCUCACGGUAUUGCCUUGAAGUAUGGCCCCGUUUUGACAAUGAGGCUUCUAAGAAGGUGGAUCUCCACGUCAGCUGAUCUUAAAGAGUUAGACAUUGAUGAUAAUCUUAUCGGAGAUCUUGGAGGGAGGGAGAUUUUGGGGGGCUUACAAGACCGCAAGGAAGCUGGUCUUUCAAAUCUAACGGUCUGGGUUACACAUCGAAUGCAUCCGGAUACAUUCAACAAGAUUCUCACCUUGGGAACUGCAGGAAAAAAGAAGAAAAAAAGAGGCAAAGGGAAAGGAAAGCCAGGCAAGCGAAAAGUAUAAAGUGUUAAGAUCAGCCAAGUCAUUGUCAUUCGAAACAAACUGAGAUGUUUUUUGGUCAUCAUACCGCAAAUGACAAUUGAUUAUUGUUUUAUGUAGCUAUUCGUGAUAUUUUUAUUUAGUACAUAGUAAAACGUAAGGAGUAAAAUAAUCAAAAAUUGUAUAUUUUUGAAUUGAUGCUAAUAUGUUUUGUAUUUAAGAUGUUUUCAUAAAUAAGGUUUAUUAUCGUUGCCAUAUUAUAUAAAUUCGCCGCAACAACAGGUGUUACUUUUAGUAAUAAAUGUAGAAAACACGUAAAUCAAAUGAGUUUAGAUCUUUUAUAAGCGUUUAAAUACCUUAUUUCACAACAUAUUGCUUCAAAUUCCUUUGGACCACAAUGCAGAAAAGAUAUGGUUAAUAUUCAUAUUGUAGCUCUUGAAUUAUAGCUGGUGCAUGAAAGUUUUAAAGCCAAUUAUUUUAUGUUAGUUAUGUAUACUCUUAGGUACAUGAGGUGCCUUUUUGAUUCUUUUCUAACCCAAAGAGCGUUUUAUCUUCUCAAUUGGUGAAAAAUUUGAUAAAAAUAGGAAGAUCUUUAGGAAGAAUAGGAAGAAUAGGAAGAUUGGUAUUAUUUAGAAUAAGGUUUCAUUCAAAAAUAUUUCUUUGGAAAGGCUUUAAUCAUCCCUUAAAUCAGUUCUGAGAUUGUCGUGGGUAAUCUUCAAUCUAUGUAGGAGUUACAAU